AUGCCACGCUGUGCAUUGGUGGAGAUGGACUCUCCAGAGCUGGCCAAAGAACUUGUACAAGCAAUGAGCAAUCAACCCUUCAUGGUUUUUGGGAUGCCGAGGCCUGUUAGGGUAUGUGCUACUGAAAUGGAGAUGUUCGAGGAUCGCCCACAAAAGCCUGGGACGAAGAUCACUUGCCAGUGGUUAGAGCCACAGAACCCUGAUUUCACCAUUGCGAAGAAGCUUAAGGAGUUGACAAGGAGACAUGCAGCUAAAGCCUCAUUCUUGCAUCAGUAUCAACUGGAAGAGGAAGAGAAUCUUGCAAAGCAACAGGCAGAGACCCUUGAGGCAAAUUAUAAGAAGUAUGAGCUGAUAGAAAAAGUCCUCAAGGAUGGCACUGCAAAAAGGUUGGGUCAUCGUUAUGGCAUCAACGAAUUUAAUGCUUGAGAGGUAUGUCGAUACAGAUGAUGAGUCAAUCGAUAGCCUCAUCAGUGGUUGCCCUGUGCUUGACGAAUUGAGUAUGAGAGAAUGUGUUGGGAUAGAUGUACGUGUUGUAAAGAUUUUGGCACCUGUGCUCACAAGUUUGGCUAUGUAUUAUUUGUAUUUCAAUUACUGGGAAAUUAUGGAUUUUCCCGAGCACUCCUACAAGAUUGUGCUUGAGACCCCAUCUCUUCGGUUCCUUGACAACAUGGAUAAUGUUGCAGAAGGUUAUUCAUUACAAAGCUUAAGUCAUCUGGCUGAAGCUCCUAUUUCUAUUUUUCAAACCACCGAUCAAUUUGAGUCAGAUAACUCAGAUUAUUCUGAAGCUGUAAGUGAUUUUCUCAAGGGCUUAUCCAGCGUACAACGUCUAUCCUUAUCUGGUGAAUUUAUGGGGGUUAUGUACGCUGCAAAUUGCCAAAUGCCAAAGUUUCAUUGCAUGACUUACUUGGAGCUUGGUGCAACCGGGGAUGAUACUGUGGUAUGGACAUUGUUGCCAGAGUUGCUAGAGAAAUCGCCAUAUCUAGGGGCCCUUGUGUUUGGCGAGGUACAUUCCGGUGAACCUUUUGGUCGAGAGCCUGUACAGUGUUGGAAUCCACCUCAAAGCGUGCCUUCUUGUUUGCUCUUUCACCUCAAGGAGAUAGAGUUUAAGUUCUUUGAAGGGCAGAAAGAUGAGCUGAAACUGUUGGAUUAUUUUCUGAACAUUGCAAAAGUUUGGGAGAAGGUGAACAUGCAUUAUUACAAUCGACACAGAAACUGGACAGCAGUAAGUAUUACACCACGACACUAAGCAAGAGCUGUAGGUUUUAAGAAAAUUUUGAUGAUGUGAAGGGCUCAAGGACCUCUCAGACUGCAAUUCCGUAGUAUCUGGUUUGUUUUCGGUAUUUCCAGUUGUUCUUGUCAAAUUUGCUUGUGAAAAUCGUUUUGCUACCGUGAUGUUGGAUGCGGAAUUGUGACAGCUUCAUAAAGUACUGUGUGAGUUGUCCUUAUCCUUUGAUUUUUGGUUCUUUAA